AUGACCAAGUCUCACGCUCCGCCAUCUCGUUCUUCGGAACGCGCUGGGUAAUUAAUGAAAUUUCUUAGGUUUUUCACCUCAUCGAGCAUUUUCAGAAAACCGUUCGAGCCUUAUCAGGUUGUCCAUGCGCCGGGAAAAAAGCGCAAUCAGAACAGCGAUAAACGAGAGAAGACGGUCAAGUCUAAGCAUCGCGGAAAAAGUUCAACGCCGCAAAAAGUUAAAAAAAUCAUUGGCCACAACGUUUUUCUCGUCCACUACGUGGAAUAUGAGUGUAAACUCAAAGACGGAACGAAAACCAAGCUCACCGAAUUUGAGCUCAGAGUACGUUCUGUUUAAAAACAUGUUUUAUUAUUAUUUGUUUUUCAUAAAAUAUGGAUUUCAGAAAUACAAGAAUAUGCUCGAAGAGUACAAAGAGAAAGUCACUGGACAGACGGACUCUUCCGAUACCGGUAAAAAAACUAUUUCGAAGCAUUUUUUAUGUCAAUUUCAGAUUACGCCGUCGAAAAGAUCUUAGCCCAUCGAAUGGUUAACAAAAAGCCACUCUACCUUGUACAGUGGAGGGGAUUCCCAAAUCCAGUGUCUCAUUCGGAAAUGUGGGAAACAGAUUUGGAGGUAAGAGAUGAUGUAUCGAUAAAGUGAAAGUAACUUUCUCAUCUCAGAACUGCAAGGUUCUUCUGGAGGCCUACAAACAAGCGCAUCCAAUGCUAGUGCACACUGCCGCUAAAACGACGUCAACCAAGCAGAGAGGACGUCCAUCGUCUUCUUCAAAGCGUGGUCGCCCUUUGAAAAAGGACUCUCAGGUUUCGUCUUCGGACGAGGACUCUGACCAGCAAGAAGACGAAGAGGAGGAGAAGGUCUCAAAGAAAAAACAAAAAACCUCGAAAAAGGCCGAGUCUUCCGACGAUGAGGAAAAGGAGGAGAAUGUCUCCAAGAAAAAACAAAAAAAGUCGGAGAAGGCCGAGUCUUCUGACGACGAGGAUGAUGAGCCAGCUACUAAGAAGAUCAAGAAGACGUCGAAGGUGACUCCGAAGAGAACGAAGAGAGCCGCUUCUUCUUCUGACGAAUCUUAUGACGAUGACGACGACGACGAAUCACAGGUGAAAAAGAAGAAGAGCACUCCAAAAGGAAAACCGGAGAGAAAGUCCCGUAUCGAAGAUUCUGACGACGGGGAAGAGGAGGACAGCGGUGACGAGAAAGAUGAGGGUAGUGACGACGAGGAAGACGAAGUCGGACCGAGCUCUUCGAAUGGUAUAAUUGGGAGCAUAUCAAACUUUAUCAGAAGCAGUUUUAGGUAAGAACAAGCAAGGAUCCAGACGCUGA